AUGCGCUUUCGAACAGAACUAAAAAAUAUCAAGACAUUUUCAAAACUCACCGCGGCGCUCUCUUCGCUCGAGAAAAUCGCCUGGGUGCGUCUUAGUGAUGAGACGGCACGCUUCACCGUGAUUCCCGACAUGGGAUCCCAGGUCUGGGCGUACGUGCUCCCAUCCAUCAUGCCCGCUGACACGACUACCCGCAGCUCCCUCUCCAUGGACUUCAUCUUUGAAAACUACCACAUCCAGUCCGCCGAAGCCUCCAACACCAUCAACCUCGAGCUUCCGCUGCAGCCGCUGCAGCGCGCCCUCAAAUCGGCCCUCAACAGCAUCUCCGCGUCCCUGCGGCUCACCAAAAAGGACGGCCUGCCCGUGCUCUCCCUCACAAUCACCACCACCACCACCGCCACCAGCGCAAACGCCGCCGCCCUGGGCCAUCACGCCACCACCACCGACGACAAUGACCCCUUUGCCACGGCGCGCGGGGCCGACGAGGACGAUCUCUUCCACGCCGAGCACCUCGAGACGUCUCUGCGGCGGGAGCACGAGAAGAUCAUCACGCAGGACAUUCCCGUGCGCGUGCUGCACCCCGAAACCGUCGAGACCAUUAUGCAGCCCAAGGUGCGCGAACCCGACGUGCACAUCCAACUCCCGCCCCUGCUCCAGCUCAAGGCCAUCUCGGACCGCUUCACCAAGCUCGCCCAGACCACCACCGCUUCGGCGGGCACCACCACCGCCGGCGGCAAGGCGCCCAAGCUCGAGCUCAGCGCCAACAUGCACGGCGGCUUGCGCCUGCGCAUCGCCACCGACACGACCGACAUCGCGAGCGUCUGGUCCGGUCUCGAGAACCCGGAGCUCGACCCCGCGCAGCUCGACCGGCCCCUCGCGGACCACCCCAGCACGCGCUUCCGCGAUGACGGGCCCGAGCGCUGGGCCACGGUCCGCGUCGACGGCAAGGACUGGAGCCGCGUCCUGAGUGUUGGUCGGCUCGAGGGUCGUGUCAUUGCGUGCUUUGCCGAUGACCACGCGCUGAUUCUGUACGUCUACGUACCGCAGUACGAUGACGCGUCCGCGGAAGACUCAGUAGUAACGUCAUAUAGCGCGUAA